UGGAGCUGCUUGCUUCUCUUUGGAAACUGCGGCCCAGACAAAGAAGCCUUGUGUACUCUAGGGUUUUGCUCGCAACCAAACCCCAGAUUGAAACCCAAAUCGUAAUCCCAAUCGUGUUUCGAGCCGCCGCCUAGUCCCCGCCCGGCGCCGGCGCCGGGGACGAUGGCGAACCGCACGGACCCCCUGGCCCGGAGCAUCCACGGCACCAACCCCCAGAACCUGGUGGAGAAGAUCGUGCGGUCCAAGAUCUACCAGAGCACCUACUGGAAGGAGCAGUGCUUCGGCCUCACGGCGGAGACCCUCGUCGACAAGGCCAUGGAGCUCGACCACACUGGCGGCACCCACGGCGGCAACCGCAGGCCCACCCCCUUCUUAUGCCUCACCCUCAAGAUGCUCCAAAUCCAGCCGGACAAGGACAUCGUCGUCGAGUUCAUCAAGAACGAGGACUACAAGUAUGUUCGGGUUCUUGGGGCGUUCUACCUGCGCCUCACCGGCACCAUCGCCGACGUAUACCAGUAUCUCGAGCCGCUCUACAAUGACUACCGCAAGAUUAGGCAAAAACUGAACGAUGGAAAGUUCAUGCUGACGCACGUUGAUGAGUUCAUCGAUGAACUCCUGACCAAGGACUACUGCUGCGACACUGCCCUCCCCCGCAUCCAGAAGAGAUGGGUCCUUGAAGCUUCUGGAACUCUGGAACCAAGAAGAAGUGCACUUGAAGAUGAUUUUGAGGAAGAGGAGGAAGACAAGGAGGAUGGACAGCCUAUGGAUGUAGAUGAGCCUAGUGGUCGUGAAAAGCAGGACCAUUAUCGUGCAAGGAGCCCUACCAAAGAACGUGACAGGGACAGGAAACAUGAAAGACAUCACAGGGAACGAGAUCAUGACAGAGAUCGGGAUUAUGAUAGGGACUAUGGGAGGGGCCGGGAAAGAGACCGAGAUAGAGAUAGAGGCCGUGAAAGAGAUAGAGAGAGGGAUAGGGGGGAUCGAGACCGCCACCGCAUCCGUGAUGACGACUACAACCGAGAUAGAGACCGAGAAAGAGAUAGGGAUGGCAGGGAAAGAGAACGCCGGGACAGAGACCGUGGCAGGCACAGGAGCCGUUCAAGGAGCAGGAGCAGGGAUCGGCGAGAAAGAGACCGUGAAGAUGGAGAGCACCGCAGGAGACGUGGCCGUGGUAGCGCCAGUCCUCGAGGGCGUGCUGAGGAUGAUGGUCGGAGGGAGGAACCUAAGAAGAGAAAGGAAAAGAAAGAUAAGGGCGCAGGAAAUGGUGUGGAUUCAAAUGAUCCAGAAAUUAUUGAGAUGAACAAGCUCCGCGCGUCGCUAGGGAUGAAACCUCUGAAGUAGUGAUACCUCGCUGGGAUGUAUUCUUCUUUCUUUCUUUUUUGACAUUGCUGGGAUGUAGUCUGAUGCUUUAGCCAACCAGAAGUGGUUAGCAAUUUUCUCUGUAGCUGUGAACUUGUUACAAUACUGGUGUAUGUUGACAUGUGUAACUUUGGUCUGAUUUGUCUUUGUCGGUCUUGCUUUUUUGUUGUUGCACUGACUUGUCAAAAACUGGUAAAGAAAAGCAGUUGAUUUCAACUGUUUUGUGUUGA